AUGUUAGAAGCUAAAUUUACCGAAGCAUCCUUGUUGAAAAAAAUUAUUGAUUCCUUUAAAGACAGUGUUGAAUUAGUCAAUUUUGUAUGUGAUGAAAAUGGUAUUGAAGCCCAAGCAGUUGAUGAUUCUCGUGUUUUAUUAGUCGCCUUAAAAAUUGGAGCCGAUUUAUUUGAAGAAUAUAGAUGUGAUAGAGGUAUUACGUUGGGUCUUAAUUUAACGUCUUUAGCAAAAAUUUUGCGUUGUGGGAAUAAUACAGAUAAUCUAACUUUAAUUGCGGAAGAUGAACCGGAUUCCCUAUUAAUUCUUUUUGAAGAUGUUAAGAAGGAAAAAAUGUCAGAGUAUUCUUUGAAAUUAGUAAACAUUGAUGCCGAUAUGUUAAAAAUUGAUGAUAUGAAGUAUGAUUGUUUAGUUGAAAUGCCAAGCGUAGAGUUUGCCAAGACUGUGCGUGAUUUGAAUCAACUAAGUGAUUCUUUUACCGCUAUCGUGACCAAAGAUACUAUUAAAUUUGUUGCGGAUGGUGAAAUUGGGUCUGGUAGUGUUAUUUUAAAGCCAAAUGUUAAUUUAGACAAACCAGAGGAUAAAAUUGUCGUUGAACUAGAAAAACCGGUUGAUUUAACAUUCAGUUCCAAAUAUUUACUAGAUAUAGUUAAGGCCUCUGGGUUGAGCAUGGCUAUUACUCUAAAGUUAGCUGUUGAUGCACCAGCUUUGUUUGAAUUUAAACUAAAUAAUACAAAUGGAUUUCUAAGUUUCUUCUUGGCUCCUAAAUUCAAUGAUGAAGAAUAG